AUGGAUCUGAGGAGCUUCUCGUCUUUGCUGGGCCUCUGCUUCCUCAAAAAGACGUCCCCUGACAUUUUCUUUCUUGCUUUUUUAUUAACUUCUCAGCUGUUGUUGGUGGCUUCGUCUGAGGUCGCACACACAGAGCACUUGACUCACAUGAGUGAACCUCAGUGGAUGAGGAACCAAAUUGCUAUGGCCCAAUUCCAGUGUUUCCAGAAGAUUGUAAAAGAAUCUCACCGCAAAACAAAACCCUUCGAGUUGGUGUGCAACACAACCUGGGAUGGUUGGCUCUGCUGGGAUGAAGCUGAAGCUGGGGUGAAAGAACAAAGCUGUCCCGGCUACUACGAUGAUUUUGACACUCAAGCGAUGGCAUCCAAAAUCUGCACUGAGACGGGUGAGUGGGGACGACACCCGAAAAGCAACAGAACUUGGACAGAUUAUACAAACUGUCAAGCAAACGUUACGCUGCAUGGAACGCAGGCAGCAAUGACACACCUCUACUUGGUCUUGAUUGGCCAUGGACUGUCCCUGACAUCCCUCCUCAUUUCAUUAGGAAUAUUUUUCUACUUUAAGACUUUGAGCUGCCAGAGGAUAACUCUUCACAAAAACCUUUUCCUCUCAUUCGUGCUCAACUCAGUCAUUACUAUUGUGUGGUUCUCCGUAAAGAAGGAGGAUUCUGGCACCUGUAAGCUUCUUGCAUUCAUCCAAAUGUAUAUAAUGAGCUGUAACUACUUUUGGAUGCUUUGUGAGGGCAUCUACCUGCACACUCUGAUCGUUGUAGCAGUGUUUGCAGAAAAACAGCAUCUCAUGUGGUAUUAUCUGCUCGGCUGGGGUUUUCCACUCGUGCCAGCAAUCAUAUAUUCAAUAGCACGGCAUUACUACUACAACGACAAAUGCUGGGUCAGUCCGGCCACCUCCUUGCUGUACAUUAUUCAUGCUCCGAUAUGUGCUGCUUUGGUGGUGAACUUCUUCUUCCUGCUGAACAUCGUUCGGGUCCUCAUCACCAAGCUGCGAAUGACGCACCAGGCCGAGUCCAGCCUCUACAUGAGGGCGGUGAGGGCGACCCUCAUCCUCAUCCCUCUGCUCGGCAUCCAGUACGUCCUGCUCGUGUACAAACCCCAGGAUCACUGGUUGUCUGAGAUCUAUCUGUACAUCAUGAACAUCCUCAUGCAUUACCAGGGUCUCUUGGUUUCUACAAUAUUCUGCUUCUUCAAUGGGGAGGUUCAGACCGUUCUAAGAAGACAAUGGACUCUACAGCGGUUGCAGUUUGCCGGCACUUUUGCCAAUCCCGAGUUCUUCCGGUCCUCUGCGUCUUUUGUGGCAUCCUCGCUCACCGAGGUCCACCGCUGCUACAGCAUUGAAAGCCACACCGAGCAUAUAAACGGCAAAAGCUACUCGGACAUAUUCAGAUCGGACAGCCCUUUCGUGUGA